UUGCGUCUCCCGGGUUGCCUCGGUGAUGUCGUGGGUUCGAGCUGCUGCCUCAGUCCGGGGCCCUGGGAACGAGGGGGACGUGUUCGACGAGGAAGCGGACGAGUCGCUCCUGGUGCAGCGGGAAUGGAGGAGUCAAAUGCAGAGAAGAGUCAAAGAAGGUUAUAGAGAUGGAAUAGAUGCUGGCAAAGCAGUUGCUCUUCAACAGGGCUUCAAUCAAGGUUAUAAGGAAGGUGCAGAAGUAAUUAUAAACUAUGGACAACUCCGAGGAACACUGAGUGCUUUGCUUUCCUGGUGUCACCUUCAUGAUAAUCAAAGUUCAACUUUGAUCAGUAAAAUAAAUAAUCUUCUGGAUGCAGUUGGCCAGUGUGAAGAGUAUGUGCUCAAACAUCUGAAAUCAAUCACUCCACAGCCCCAUGCUGUAGAUUUAUUGGACUCCAUUGAGGAUAUGGACCUUUGUCAUGUAGUUCCAGCUGAGAAAAAGAUUGAAACUAAAGAUGAAAGACUCUGUGAAAAUAAUGCUGAGUUUAACAAAAACCACAGUAAGAGUCAUAGUGGGGUAGAUUCUUCAUAUUUAAAAUGUUGUAGAACGCAGGAGCAUGCACAUUCUGAAAACCCAAGCCUCACUUGGAUUUUAGAGCAGACAACCAGUUUAGUUAAACAGCUGGGAGUAUCUGUAGAUGUGUUACAGCACCUCAAACAACUAUAAAAAUUAUCAUCCUGAUUCUAAUGAAAAUAAUGUUCAGAACCUUUUUUGGAGCAUUUUGUUGCCUAACAAGGUAACCAGGAUUAUCCUUCAUGGAAGUUUAAAAUGUCUUCAAAAUUAACACUAUUAAAUAUAAUAUAAGCCUU